AGACAAAACACCUGACACCCAAAGUCAAGGGGAAAAGGUUUAUUUAGCGCAUUUUGCAGAGGUUUCGGCCCAGAAUCAUCUGGCUCCGAGGCAGGGAGGCGUGGCAGACAGGCACCUAAGGGGAGAAACGCUUCACCGCAGGCAGAGAAGGUGACAAAACAAGCAAGAGAGGAAGCUUGACUGUGUCCUUCUGCCCCUUCCAUCCUGUCCCGGCUGCCCAGGGUGGGCCACCCACAGCCUCAGUCCCAGCGCCGGUGGGCCCAGCUCUGCACCGACUCAAUCCCUGCAUCACACACACUAGAUCCAGCCGCCUCUGAAGAGGCCCCACCUAUGACCGCAUGAGGCUUCGGGGGACAUCGAGACACAAGCCACAACACACAUCAAUAAAGGAGAAACAUCUGGGGGCGCAGCUCAGUGGUGAGGUGUGCGCGUAACAUGUGCAAGGCCCUGGCUCAAUCCCCAGCAGCCGUGAGGUCGGAGGGGAGAGAAAGAUGGUCCCGCGUGACUUUAUUUUUAUUUGUGUGAUGUUGAGGACUGAACCCAGGGCCUCACACUUCCCAGGCAGGAGUGCAGCCGUGCAGCUUCCCCUCCAGCCCCUGGGGGAGUGUGUAGGCUCCGCAAAGGCAACUUCAAGGAGAGGCAGGGGCUGGCUGCUCCGCCCUGGGUCACUGCUCCAGCCCUCCUGUGUGGAAUCCUGCAGCCUCCAUCAUGGGGAACUCUGGGGAUGUGGGGUUCUGGCGGUCUGAUCUGGUGGGUCAUGGAGUGGACGCCAUCCUUCAGGGAUGGAAUGAAACCUCUGUGUGCAGGAGUCACUCUGGAGAAGGGACACGCCACGCCAGGACAGCUUGCAGAGUCUGCAAGGACUGUGGCUGUGAAGCCCCGCCAGGGGCUAUGAAGCGAGCUUCUUGAUCUGAACACACCAGGAUGAGCACAGCUUCAGCCAUCUGGGACGGGCCGGGGAUUGAGAGAAGGAACUGGGCAGACAGCAGCCUGCAACCCGCCAGGCGCGCAGAGGCGUUCUGCAUGAGGGCUCUUCGGGGAACCGCACUCCCAGGCCGCGCAGUCCAGUGGCUGCCCCUGUGACUCCCAGAAUUGCCUGUCCCUUCCCUGGAAGCCGCAGGCCUGACCUCACUCCCUGGCUGUCCUGGCCCACGGUUCCCCGACCCCACUCGCUUUCCCAGAACUCAGUUGCUGAGGCCCCGGCCUGCGGUUCUCUCCUAGGCCUCAGCCUUUCCUGCUUCGGCUGAACGGCAGCAUCUUCUAAGCCCUGGGGGCUUCCCCAGGCCCCAGCCCGACCUAGAACCCGCCCGCCGCCUGCCACGCUGUCACUGCCGCUUCCUCUAUAAAGGGACCUGAGCGUCCCUGUGGGCCCAGGGGCCCCGCACAGCAGGUGAGACUCUCCCGCCUGUCUCCCGGCGCUGGCACCUCUGUGCCACUCUGCGGCGUCCUGCCCCUCCGCCGGCCCGGCCGCCUGCCUCCGGCUGGGCCCAGGCUCUCCCCAUGUCAUCACCUGGAGGCCUCUACCUCCCGAGGGUGCCUGGUGCCCCCCUCCUCUUCCUCCUGGGGCUGCUGCUGGCUCUGCAGUGGCCUGGGGCCCAGGGACUCCCCGGUGUCAGCCUGGCACCCUCAGCUGUCCAGACUGCCCGGAGACAUUUGGGCUAUGGCUCCCUCAAACCUGCUGCUCACCUCAUCGGAGACCCCAGAUCGAAGAACUGGCUGCGCUGGAGAGCGAACUCGGACCAGGGCUUCCUCCUCAAUGGCUUCUCUUUGAGCAACAAUUCCCUCCUGGUCCCCGCCAGUGGCCUGUACUUUGUCUACUCGCAGGUGGUUUUCUCAGGGCACAGCUACUCGCCCAAACCGCUCUACCUGAGCCACGAGGUCCACGUCUUGACCUCCAGGUACUCCUUCCAACUGCCCCUGCUCAGCGCCCACAAGAACGUGGACCCGGGCCUGGAGGGUCACUGGAUGCGCUCCAUGUACCAGGGCGCCGUGUUCCUGCUCACGAAGGGAGACCAGCUGUCCACCCAAACAGAAGGCAUCCCCUACCUCUUCGUCAGCCCCAGCAGCGUCUUCUUUGGGGCCUUUGCUCUGUAGAACUUGGAAAAAUCCAAAAAGGGGAAUCAUUUUGGGUUUCAGGGCCCUCUCACCACUUUGCCCCAUGCUGACCACUCCACACUGACCGCCUCUUCUUUGCCCACCUCAGCGGCCUCAAGUCUCCCCACCCAAGUCCCCUGGAGCUUUGACAGAGGAGCUCCAGCCCCACCCCUCAACACCUGGAGCCCUGAGCACCUCAGGCCUACAGGGCCUGGAGCUGCUGGGGAGCGGGGCAGGCCCCAGACACUGAGGCAGGCAGGAGGACUAUUUAUGAAGGGGACUUUAAGUUAUUUAUUUAUGGAGCAGUGAGAGGGGCCUCAGAGACAGCACUUGAGAAGGCUGGCAGUGCCUAGAGAGCUGGGGUGGGUCUGGGCAGCUGAGGGGCUCUGGUGGCCUCCAUCUCCCUGACACCCAUGAGGAACCACCUACACCCUGGAUGGAGCCCAAUAAACCUUUCCUCUGAAA